AUGAUCCUAGAGAUAUUGUCGAAUUCGAGGAUUGAAAGCACUUGCAGGACCUCGAAAACCUGCCUAUCCGGGAAAGAAUCUAAAACGUGGGAGGGGGACAAUUCUUUCCCGGAUAGGCAGGUUUUCGACAGUUCCGCAAGUGCUUUCAAUCCUCGGAUUCGACAAUAUCUCCAGGAUCAUGGAGUCACGUACGAAGACAAGAACUUACAUCGUCGCAACAACAUUGGUCAUGAGUCACUGAAGCGUCAACUACGCUUCUCCCCCCUCUUGGCUUCUAUUUGUGUCAGAUCAGACCUUCAUCGUCUCCAGCGAGAUCAAGUGUCCUCCGGAGAUGUCCGGUUGAACGCUCAGGGUACAGUGAGGAAGCACCUUUGUGUGCUUACAGGCUUCGGGCGAACGAGCGGCCCUAUUACGAGAUCCUCAAUAGUUGGGGAGAACAUUGGGCCGGCAAUGGAUUCGCCCACAUUGGGCCGGCGAUGGAUUCGGGCGAAUACCGCACGAAGAAUUGUAUCCGAUUUCGCAGUAACCGAGUGCUUGGGAUAG